AGAAGAUUGGAUCAUCUCUGUUAUCAAAAGAUAUCAGGCGAAAAAUACCAUUAAGUAUAAGAAGAAAUAUUUAGGACUGAAAAAUUAGUUAGCCCUUGAGGUCUCAUCUCCCUAUCUUCUUCUUCUUCCAUCCUCAAGUGACGGAGGCCUCUGGGUUCCUGUAAGCGCAGAGGAAGAGUGAGGAAGCAAUGGCUUCGACCUCAACCAACGUUUCCAUCUCCUCAUCAUCAACCCUCAUCGAUGGCAAAGCUCCUCGACGAUCGGCAGCCGCAUCGCCGCAAUGUGUGAGCCUCCCAACUCUCCCUCCGUCUUCCCUCGCUGUUCCUUCUCAGAACCUCCCGCAGUCGGCUCGUGAUACCGGGAAGACUACGGCCUAUUGCCGUAAGAUUGCUCGGAAUGUUGUCGCAAUGGCUACAGGAGAAACAUCGGCUGAAGUCGCCGCAGCUGAGCUGCCGGAGAUAUUGAACUCCAUUCAAGAAGCAUGGGACAAGCUGGAAGACAAAUAUGCUGUUACUUCUCUUGCAUUUGCUGGUGCGGUGGCUCUCUGGGGCUCUACUGGCAUGAUCUCGGCCAUCGAUAGGCUUCCGCUAGUACCUAGUGUCAUGGAGCUCGUUGGAAUCGGUUACACAGGGUGGUUUGCCUAUAAAAACCUCAUCUUCAAACCCGACAGGGAAUCUUUGAUCAAGAAAAUAAAAGACACUUUCAAAGACAUCAUUGGGAGCAGUUGAUGAUAAAAUGCUAUUGUCCUUGGAGACUAGCGGGGCUUUCUUCUGGUACUGAAGCUACUAUAUUGCUGCUUCAGUUUGAAUGAAAUUGUUCCUUAUUUUGGUUCGCAUAAGCUUCUAACCCGGGGUUAAUGGAUCAACCAGAUACUUGUACUUGUCUUCUCUAUAUAUCUACUUCUUUCUCUCACUUUCUUAAGAAAGUUUUAUAUCCCCUGCAUUUUUGGGUAUAUACAUGAAUUUUCUUGUUUCAAAUCCAUAUAUUUAUGCACUUUCAUUUUGCUUC